AUGAAGGCGAUUGGCCGGAUGCUGGCAUACGUGCUAUUGGCAGCUGCAUUUACGAAAAAUGUGCUUGCAACGAGUGCCGCGAACGUCAAAUUUUCGAGGGAUAGCAACAAAAUUGCACGAUGCAAUACUACGAAACUGGAGCUGAUUUCAAAAUCAACGUUCCUGCACCCUGACAUCGACGGUGUUCAAAGUAUUCUGAUUAACGCAUUCCAAAGCAGACCAGUUGAAGAAAUUGAACUUGGGGAGUUUCGUACUUUUGGACAGAAAAGAAUUCAAUUCAUGCUGAUGCCGAUGAUGUAUAAAAUGGGAGUAAUGAUGACAAUGUUAAUGGUGAUAGCAGCGAUUUCAGCGAAGGGAGUUCUUAUUGGUCUCAUAGUGCUUGUGCUUAAACUUAGCACCUUUCUAACGAAACUUCAUUCCGGUUGGCACACACCGCAAUCAUGGCCAUCACCGCAACCAGUUCAUGUGCACCUUCAUAGCCUUUUUCCACACGCUCACCCACAUGUAUACCAAAGCUGGGACGCGGCGAGUGGUCCCGCAUAUGAGGAGCAAUAUUAUCCAUAUUAUAAGGGAUAAAAAUUAUAUAUGUGAUGUGAUUAGGAAAGUUGUAUUGAAAAGCCAUUAAUGAAAAGAAAGUCAUAACAAGACAUAAAAUAGUCAUUAAAAGAAGACAUUAUUUAUAUAUAGAAUUGUGAAGAUAAUCUUUAUUUUCUUGUGUCCAUUAGUUUAUUCAAAUGAUGUUAUUAAUUCCUGGUCUUUUAUGGCUGUAAAUGUUAAUAUUUACAAUAGCUGUAUUUCUUGCUUCAGAUGCUAUUUAUUGGAAGCACUUAUUUGUGCGAAAAAUAAGAGUUAGAAUAUCAGUAACAAAUAUUAGAUUUUACUGUGACACAGUAACCGACUUCUUCGCAUAUUUUAAUGUAAAUUAAGUUUAUACGAGUACCAAAGGAAUUUUCCUAACUUACAAUAAUAAUUAUAAUUAUAUUUGUUAUAAUUAUAAUUAUAUUUAUAACAUUGCAGAGUAUAAAAAAUCAAGAAGUUCCUUUAUUAUACAAGGAAAUACAAGUAGCGUUUUAUAACGCAAUAAAUAUGUAAUUAUUUAUUCAUAAUGUAUUUAUUAUAGUUUAACAUUUGUUAAACGCAUGUGAGAGAUGUACCACACGAUGCGCCUUCAGAAUACGUAAAUCAGACAAUGUUCUAUGCACAUCGCAUGGUAAAUUAAAAAAAUGUACAAUAUCCUUUGUAAUUAUUUUCAUUAAACAAGAAUUACAUACAAAAUAUUAAUUUUCUUUAAAUAAUGAGAAAUUUACGUUAUGCAUAGAAUUAUAUUUCUCCGUACAAGACAAAAAGUGUUUAUAUUUAAGAAUUAACCUCACACAUACCUCAUAUUAUUAAUAAGAAAAUAUAUAUAUGUAACAUAGUUUUUAUUGUAUAAUUAUAAAUUAUAUAUACGUUUUACUUUCAGCACGUAUACAUUUGUUAUUUCACACAUACAUAUUCUAUUCAUGUUCUUUUUUUAUUUUUUCUAAACCAACAGGAAAACUUUACAUUUCCUCAAAAAUAAAAUAAAAUUUUAUCAGAAA